AUGAUCGUCAACAGGAAGUUAGAUCGCUUCAAGCAAUGGGGCAAGGAGCGUAUGGGCAGCGAGGCCAAGACGGUGACAUCAACUGAAUUCAAGGCAUUGGAGACAGAGAUGCAGCUUCGCCACGAUGGCACGGACCGAAUGAAGAAAUCCGCCGACGUCUACAUCCGGACAAUGGCCAAAAGCCACAAAUUCGACGAGAAGGAGAUGCAGAUCCCGAUCGCCUAUUUCGGGUCGACGAUGGUCAAGCAUAGCGACGAACUCGACCAGGAAUCGCAGUUGGGCCAAUGCUUGGGGCAGCUGGGGAGAGCUAACGAGCGCAUCGCUCGCAUACAGGAGAACUACUGCACGAACGCGACGGGCAGCUGGCUCGAGUCGCUUGAGCGCUCGCUGAUCCAGCUCAAGGACUACCAGAACGCGCGAAAGCGACUGGAGAAUCGACGGUUGGCGUAUGACGCUGCUUCGACCAAGCUCCAAAAGUCGAAGAAGGAAGACUCCCGUCUGGAGGAAGACGUCCGAGCGCAGAAGAUGAAGUAUGAGGAAAGCAACGAAGACGUGCUACGCCGAAUGCUGGAUAUUCGUGAGGCGGAAGCCGAGUCCGUGGGUGAUCUGAGUGCCUUCUUGGACGCCCAACUGGAUUAUUACGAGCGCUGUAGGGAUGUCCUCCAGGACAUCAAACGCAACUGGCCAGCGUAA